AUGGUUCUCCAUGUUACUCCAGCAGCAGCAGAGCCCAUGUGGAUGGAGGCGCACAUGCCGGGCGCGGCGGCUGUCGCCUGUCCGGCACCACAAAACCCCACCACCUCCAUCCCACUCCUCUGGAGCCUCCUGUCCAUCAUGGCGUCGGAGUGCGAGUCCGGCGACGGCAUGCCGCAGCACGGCCAGCACGAGCACCUACGCCCCGACGGGACGGAGCCGCUGUCCCGCAUCGCCGUGGACUACACCCCGGACGCGUGCCACCACGCGCGGGCCACCGGCGAGAUCCACGUCACCUACGACCACCGCGGCGGCGCGCGGUGGCGCUCCCCCGGCCGCUUCCUCCCGGGCGGCGCCGUGGCGGCCGCCGUCCGCGCGCCCGCGGGGGACACCGCGGGGCUCAACUACAACCUCUACCUCUCCUCCCUGGAGGGGUCCCCGGACAUGGACGAGAUCGACUUCGAGUUCCUCGGCGGCGACAAGCGCGCCGUGCAGACCAACUUCUACGUCGCGGGCGUCGGCGGCAGGGAGAUGGUCCACGCGCUCCCCUUCGACUCCUCCGACGGGUUCCACCACUACGCCGUCGCCUGGGGCGCCGAGGCCAUCGAGUGGCGCGUCGACGGGGAGGUGGUCCGGCGGGAGGAGCGGCCUGAAGGUGAGGGGCAGCCAUGGCCGGAGAAGCCCAUGUUCCUGUACGCGUCCCUGUGGGACGCCAGUGGGAUCGACGAGGGGAGGUGGACCGGCACCUACCACGGCCGCGACGCGCCAUACGUCUGCAGCUACAGAGAUGUCAGGGUGCCCGUCGCGCUUUCACUCGCAGAAGAAGAAGAAUGCCAAGAUGAUGCUAAUGCCGCCGGUACCACCUGCAGCGCUGCUGCUGUGGCGGAGGUGGAUACCGGAGCUGGUGAAGAUUAGAUCCUGGUCAUGUUCUGUCGGUGAAAAUCAGGAAUAAUUUGCUGCCAAGCAAAGUUGUCCUCUUUCUUGGCUGGAUUGGAUGCC